UGGAGGUUGCCCUUUGACCCUGACGUUGUGUAGCAUGCAGCGGGUGAUAAAGAGUGUGCUACGAGCCAAUAAACUGCUCAUCAAACAACAACUGUGCGUAAAGGUGUGCACGGCUAGAAACAUGUCGUCUGAAGAGGCAACAAAAAGACCCGUAACUUUGCUGGGGACGAUGGCGUUUGGAGGCCGGGCUAACGCGGAGCAGAGCCGGGACAUGGUGCAAGUUUUCCUGGGCAGAGGCCACAGCAGAGUGGACACUGCGUUUAUGUACAUGGAUGGAAAGUCAGAGGAGGUGAUCGGAGGCAUGAAACUACCCAAAACUGUGAGUCUAGCCACCAAAGCAAACCCGUGGGAUGGUAAGACACUGAAGCCGGAGAGCGUUCGUGCUCAGCUGGAGACGUCGCUCCAGAGGCUGCAGACCGACUGUGUGGACCUGUUCUACCUCCACGCCCCUGACCACAACAACCCCAUCCAGGACACACUCCGAGCCUGCAACGACCUGCACAAAGAGGGGAAAUUCAAGGAGCUCGGCCUGUCAAACUAUGCAUCAUGGGAAGUGGCUGAAAUCGUCAGCAUCUGUAAACACAACAACUGGAUUGUCCCCACAGUUUAUCAGGGGAUGUACAAUGCCACAACAAGGCAGGUGGAGACAGAGCUGUUUCCAUGUCUCAGAUACUUUGGCAUGAAGUUCUAUGCUUAUAAUCCGCUUGCAGGUGGAAUUCUAACAGGUAAAUAUCACUUUGAAGAUAAGGAAGGUUCUCAGCCUGAAGGACGAUUCUUUGGGAACAGUUGGGCAGCAGCGUACAGGGACAGAUAUUGGAAGCAGAGUCAGUUUGUGGCCAUAGAGCAGGUGCUGAAGACUCUACAGGACGUUUAUGGAGCAAACAAACCCAGUAUGACAUCUGCAGCCAUGAGAUGGAUGUACCACCAUUCACAACUCAAGGGAGAUUUAGGGGACGGUGUGAUCAUUGGGAUGUCCAACAUGGAGCAGCUGAAGCAGAACUUGGACGCUGCCGAAGAAGGACCUCUGGAUGAACGAGUGGUCUCUGCUUUUCACGAGGCCUGGAACCAAGUCGCUCAUGAGUGCCCCAACUAUUUCCGCUGACAUUCUUCACAACUAGCCUUAUGAUUCAAACUGCCAAUAAGAGAGCAAUAAAAGGAAUCCUACAAUGGACGUUUUAAAGAAUCCUAUAGAAAAUGUUAAUCUGAAAAUACUAGGUCCUGCGACUAAGUCAAGAUUUGAUUUGAUAACAUUGGUAUUUUUAUAUUAAUGAUGAUGCAGAAAUGAUUCAUGUUUUUAAGACAUGGAUAAUAGUCCUAUAUUUUUGGAGGAAAU